UUAAUAAAAUUUAAACAAACACAUGUAGCUAAUCUUCCUACAAAUGUUUGUUAACAUAUUCUUGGGCCAGAUACUUUCAUAUUAACUACCUACAUACGGAUGUCGGACCAAGAAAAGUAUUCUUGUUUGUUAACGCUAAAGCGUUGUCUAUCUUCAAGGUAAAAUCUAUAAUGACGAUUUUUUAUUUUGGCCAUUCAAAUAAUCAUGUACGUAAAUUUUGGGGAAGAUUGAUUUUAUAAAAAUAAAAAUGGGUAGAAAUUAUAGUUCGCAGACGGAUAUACGUACAGAUUUAUCAAAUCUAACCUUUAAUAAAAUGACAUCAAAUCACGCGACUUCGUGAAUGCCACGUUGUAUACACGACAACACUACUCACAAGUUCCUCUGAUGUUAUUGUUCCAAUAUUUCUAUACGCUUGUCGUGAAGGACACUUGUGCUUUUUUGUACUGAUUGUCAUUAUUAUUAUUAUUCAAAGGGUUAAGUACAUUUUUGUUUUAAGUCGAGUUUGAGUUGUGACGCUUCCUGUCAAAAGGAACCGCUUCAGUUGUCUAUAAUAACGUUUUUCUGUUUGUUUCUUCAAGGCCUUGUUGCCAAGACAAUGACUAACAAACCUUUUGCCAAGAAACGAUACAAUUACUGACAAUGGAAGGAAGAGACAAGGAACAGAAUGUCCAUAUACCAAAAAAAGACUAGACCAAAUAUUAUAUUUUGACUUCCUUAAUACAAUACAAAUCAGCUUCAUGUAGCCAAGCCCGUAACUGCCUAUAAUAAUUUCUUAUCAACAGCCACAGGUAAAGGUUAAAUGGUAGGUAUACGUGUAAUUGCGUAUUGAAAGUAUAAUUAAAAUGGUGUCAACUCAUUAUUUCCUCCUAUCAUGAUAGUGGUGAUAACUUUAAGAUGAAAACGAAAGUCACAAACACUGUCAUACUGUUAAAUGAUGUAAUUAUCCUGAUUUAUUUUGUAUGUAACAACUUAUGUAAUAAUGGAAAAGACAUAUGUAUUUAACCUAUUCCAAAAUAUUGUAUACAAUCAUUAUACAAUACCUUUGAAAAUAGGACGAUAAGGUUUUGUAUACUACAGGAUUGUCUAAAAGAUGCCCCCAUAGCUAAAAAAUUGAGGUCGUAUGGUCAUGUGUUGCUAAGGUUUGAGUACUGUAAGACGAGAAGAGUAAUAUUGAGAAAGGAGGGAUGCAAGAAAAAAGGCAAAUCAAGGAAAAUAUUGAUAAGACUGUGUGAGAGAAAAAUUGAAAAUAAAGUAAGUGAAGAAAAAGACAAGCUAUGCCAACCUUCCACCGUUACUAAAAGAAUGGGACUAGGGCAUCUAAUAUCGGAAGAUUCUCAAUACCAGUAUUGAAAUCCGAUAUUGGCACUCAAUACCGAAAUUCUUAUAUUAAUACCGGUAUUGAAGAUGACCAUUUAAAAAUCUUUUAUUAGAGCAAAUUAGUUCAAUGAAUAGUGCCGUUUUUUAAUGUAUACUUCGUAAAACCCAGAAGCAAUGGCUUAGUUACUGAAAUUGGAAAUAAAAAAUUAUGUAGUAUAGGACAGGUCUACUACGAGUAAACAAAAUAUUAUAAUAUAUAAGUCAAAAUUUCAUCAAUUUCUUAUAAAAUGAAACUAAAACAUUCCAAUACCAGAAUCCAGAUUAUUGUGCACUAAAUGGGACAAGGACAAGGAAACCUGACCUGCUUGAUUGCGAGCAAACAGAAGCAUGCAUUAAUGAAGAAUCUUAUAAAAACUCCCUCAAGAAUACCUCAACAAGAGAAUGUAUUUCACAGUCAGAGCGAACGCAAUAGGAAAUUAGUCUGAAAUCACACCAUGCGCAUGCGUACGCGGCCAUUUGCAUUGAUGCACACGGAGGAUUUGGAGUACUUUUUCCUUUUAAGUAGGUUUUCUUAGGUACUCGCAAUUUUCUUCAAUAAAUAUAUUUAUACUUAGUUUUUGUUACAGCUAUGUUUGGCUUUGGCUGCUAUGCUAUUUAAGGCUGAAUCUUUCACAUUCGUUUAUGGUAGUAGGUAGUAGUUUAUUACAAACAUUAUUAUUGUCAGACAAAUUCAACAAAUUGACAAUUUGGUCAAGAUCGCAAGAAACUGCCAGCUCCGCAUCUAAUAUAUAGUGUCCAAACCUCGAUUGCGCUAGAGGUGAAACAUACUAGGCUAAAAGAGUACUGAGUCUUGCAAGUACGCAUCCACGAAAACACUAGAUCCAAGUACCUGUUCCACGAGUACUGACGGGUAGGUAUAGUUGGUGAUGCGUGAUGAGUAUUGCGAAUACGGGCUAGUUGUGUGAGAGCGCGUCCACGCGAACCUGAUUAGGAACCUCGAAGAAGGCUCUUUACCCAGCAGUGGACGUAUUUCUACAUACAUAUUGAAUUGAUGAUGAUAAAGAGUUUUGGGUUAGGCAACGGUGAUAGCAAGAUCUUAAAUACGAAUAAUUACUAGAUGACAAAUAAUGAGAAAACUCUCAUUAUUACGCCAUUAAUGGUACCAAUAAUCAACCGAUUUAAAGUCAACACAUGAUAUCGUUCCAACGAUUGUGCACUCUUGAGCAAAUUAUGUUGCAAAAAGGUUGUGUCGUCGUAAUAUUCAUUUUAUUAUUUAGAAAUUUAUUAUUAUGUGACGCUGAAGAAUUUAAGGGGGAAAACACUACCGUCACAAAUAGUACUGGAAAUCGUAUAAAGAAAUUUUUAUUAAAAAUGCCUUUGAAAGAUUUUCGAAAUGCAACAAAAAAUAAAGUAAAAAAAAUUAAACUCAAAGACGGAAAACCUGCGACUGAACAUAGCAUCGGGAGCGUUGACGGAUACUUGCUAACGAUGAUUAGACUGGCCGCUGAACUUCCAACUAAGAAGUGCCCGGUCUUACUAGUCCACGGUAUGUUUCAGUCUUCCGACAGAUUUCUCAACCAGGACAAGAGUCAGUCUCUAGCCUACACACUUGAGAAUCUAGGAUACGACGUGUGGUUAUUUAAUGCACGCGGCAAUAAAUAUUGCCAAACUCACGUCGCAUAUGCGCCGCAUAUCCAAAAAGCUGAAUUUAACAACUAUUCUUAUGAAGAAAUCGGCUGUUUCGACCUUGCUGCUGCUGUGGAUUAUAUUCUUAUAAUGACCACAUUUAAAAAGAUACAUUAUAUUGGUCAUUCGUUAGGAGGGACUUUCUUUUUGGUUCUAAAUUCCUUGGUGACCGAAUACAACGACAAAUUUGACAGGGCGUUUUUAAUGGCUCCACUCGGGUAUCACACAACAACUACUAACACGAAUCUCCAGAAAGAGUUGGACGAUCCGACAUCGUUACAUGAAGCUCUAAUAAAAGUAGACACGUUCGAAAUAUUCCCAUAUGAUGCUUACGGGCCAAUCCAGGAUAUGGUCCCCGAUAACUGCCUCGGAGGAAAAGCAUGGGACAACAUUUGUAACGAAUUACAAAUUCAGAAAAUCAUGGGUAUUAAAUCAUCCAACAAUACAGUAGCUGAGACGAGAGGUGGUUCUAUCAAGUUGUUAAUUCAUUGGGCACAAAAUAUUAAGAAUAAAAAAUUUCGUCGCUGGGAUUUUGGGGAAUCAAAAAAUGUAGAAGAGUACGAUGGUAAAAAUCCUCCAGAAUAUCCGUUAAAUGCUAUUACUGUUCGAACUAAAAUUAUCUACUCGCCGACCGAUGAUAUGGUGAAAGACACGGAUAUUCGAGCGUUGGCUAAGCAAAUGAAGAAUGCCACAACCAGGAAAGUGAAAAGAGCUAAUUUUAAACACGAUGACUUUAUUGAUGGUGAAUAUGUCAUGGAAGAUGUCUAUACUGGCAUUAUAACAGAUUUAGAGUACCCAAAGCCGCUUAUUACACGGGUUGAUGGGACAAAAAAAAAUCAAACUAAAAGUGCAAGUAACCCUACGAGUUUACCUGAUAUCCCUUGGUCUGCGCUGCUCUCUUUGGUCGGGAUCUUACUAUUCAUAUUAAUAAGCAUAAUAAGUUGUUGUUGUAAAAAGAAAGAUUCCAAUGGAGUUUGUACUACCGACGCAGGUCAACGAGCGAACGUAUAAAAUAAAAUGCACAAUCCUUUGAAGUUUAUCAACUUUUAUUGUUUUCUACUUGCUUGGUUUGAGUAGAUCUUUAAUCCAAUUUCUGCGUUCUCUUUCGCUGCGUCAGAGCCAAAUCUACUUACUACAAAAAAAAGACACCAGACUUGCGUUACUUACGUCUUACAUUUCCCCGUGUCACGUCCUUACUUUGAAGAUUCCUAAAGUACUUUAUUGCUUUGAAAAAUAAUCGUCCAUGUCAAAACAUUUUAUCUUUGUAUACACCCCUGAAGUUGCCUGGAGAUCUGUGUAACAAUAAUAAAACAUAUUAAUUUUUGUUAAAUUCAAUAAUUUUACGGGAACACUUCCCUUGCCGUGCAGAACAUAAUGUUGAAGAUGAAUGUAUACUUGUGAAAUAUAGAUAAUAACUCUACGGUCACUGAUAGCGCCAAAAACCUCUUAAAACUCAACGUUCCUUUAACACAGCUACUGUUUUCAUUCUCGUGUUGUUGUUUCUUUUAACCAACUUGUAUUGUAUUUUAUUUAACGCCAAUAAAUAUAUAUAUUCGAA